AUGACCUCCCGAACCACCAUCCGACCCCAAAACGUCGACGCCCCCCUCACGCAAUUCGCAACCUUCCUCAUCCUCACCAUCAACCCCAGCACCACUCACCCCUCCGCCCUCUCCACCGUCCGCACCACCCUCGCCUCCCUCUCCGAUCUCACCAAAAACAUCACCAUCCGCGACCUCUCCGCCCUCUUCACCUGCACCGUCGGCAUCGGCUCUUCCAUCUGGGACCCGCUCACCCGUCUUCCCCGUCCGUCCGAACUCCAUCCCUUCCCUGAAAUCAAAGGCGACAAACACACCGCCAUCUCCACCCCCGGCGACCUCCUCUUCCAUAUCCGCUCUGAACGUCGCGAUCUAUGUUUCGAAUUCGAGCGCCAACUCCUCAAUCGGCUUGGCGACGCAGUCACGGUCGUUGACGAAACAGAGGGGUUUCGCUAUUUCGACAUGCGGGACCUCUUAGGGUUCGUGGACGGAACAGCCAAUCCCAUCGGACCUGCUGUGCCUGAGGCAGUGCUAGUCACCCAGGAAGCAGACGCAGCGGGGGUCGGGGGGAGUUACAUCGUGGUACAGAAAUACCUGCACAACAUGACAGCAUGGAAAUCGCUCUCGACAGAACAACAAGAAGCUAUAAUCGGUCGGACGAAAGCGGAUAACAUCGAAUUAGACGAUGCAGAGGAUGGCGCGCAGCAAUCACACAAGUCCCUCGCUACGAUCGAGGAUGAGAACGGGAAUGAACAUGAGAUUGUCAGGGAUAAUAUGCCCUUUGGCGCCCCUGGGAAAGGCGAAUUCGGGACAUAUUUCAUUGGAUAUACGGCACGGUUGUGGGUGAUUGAGAAGAUGCUGGAGAGGAUGUUUGUCGGAGAACCGAGGGGGAAACAUGAUCGGAUUUUGGACUUUUCGACCCCGAUCACGGGAGGGACAUUCUUUGCACCCUCCGCGGGGCUGUUGGAAAGUUUGGAGGAUGAUUAG